UGUUUUUAUUUUAUAUUUAUCGAUAUCAGCUGGCUAUAUAUAUACAUUAGUCGUAUCACUAUAUCGUCGUGAACGUAAACAAAAUCCCUGGAAUAAGUGCAUUAAUUCUUGGAACUGGUUUUUGGGCUCUACCCCUUAGAGACAGGUGACAAGUGCACAGGGUAAUGCGGCCAACUCAUCGGAAACGUCAAUGGCCACACAGCCGGGCGGUUCGGUGACAUCCCGGGCGGCCAGCGAGACCCGCUCGGGUCCAGCCGGUUCGAGCAAUGCGGGCGCUACAGGUAAUAGCAGUGGUGGGACCGCUGGUAGUACACAGACCGGUGCAAAAUUCCGUCAUGGCCUAUUACAGCUAAUGAUACACACCAUAGAUCCACUACACGAUGGCAAAGUGGACGAGAAGGCAACCCAGCUGCAUGCCAUUGCCUCGCUUAAGGUGCUGCUGGAUGCCACAAAGCCGCAACGCGGUGGCGCCACCACCUCGGCGGCCAAUCACGUCAAAAUCAAUCUCAAGGAAACUACGUUGGCCGAUCGCCCCAAUGGGAAUAUCGACACGACGCUCGAUUCGCCAUCGUUAAGUGGUCGACGUCCUAGCUGGAUUGAGCAGAGGGUCAAAAUUCAGACACGCAAAUUUAGCAUCAAAGCGCCCGAAAUAAUGGAGGAUGAUCCAGAGCCUUUGAGCAUGGCUUGGCCGGAUACGGCCCGCAAGCGACUCACGUACGUCCUGGUCGCUCCGCUUCUGGUGCCAAUGUGGCUGACGCUGCCCGACACCCGGACCCCCCGCGGAAAGCGUUACUUCCCCGUCACCUUUAUAGGCUCCAUUGUGUGGAUAGCCGCCUUCUCGUAUCUUAUGGUCUGGUGGGCAAACGUCGCAGGUGAUACGGCGCGAAUACCGCCAGAGGUUAUGGGCCUUACCUUCCUGGCGGCGGGCACAUCCAUACCGGAUUUGAUUACGUCGGUGAUUGUGGCCCGCAAAGGCUUUGGCGACAUGGCUGUGUCUAGCUCCGUUGGCAGCAACAUAUUCGACGUGACUGUGGGCUUGCCGAUACCCUGGCUGCUCUAUGGGAUUAUCUACGAUGCACCCGUUGAAGUGAAUUCGGUGGGCAUGGUGUGUUCCAUAACCAUAUUGUUUAUGAUGCUCGUUUUUGUGGUGCUAUCAAUUGCCUGCUUCCGUUGGCGCAUGAACAAGGGGUUGGGCUUUACCAUGUUUCUACUGUACUUUGUCUUUGUUGCCGUGUCGCUGAUGUUUGAAUAUGAUUUUAUCACCUGCCCCGUGUAAGUCUGCAUCGUGGCAGAUCAGCAACUCUGCAACAAAGACAAAAUGACAAACACCAUCUCACUUUCACACACACACACACACACACGAAGACACAGAGACACACGAAUACUCUCAAACCAAUUAGCUAAAUUUAUAUACAAAACAAAUCAAUGAAUUAAAUUAACAAAUUGACUAAAACUAAUCGAAUUGUUAAACAAAUGCAUAAAUCACAACACGAAUACUGUGAGCAUAACAAACCAAAGCCAAAAACCAAAAGCUGAAGCAAAUAGUAAAGCAAAAUACAAAAAGAUAGCGAAAACGAAAAGCAAGGUAAAAACGGGUUAGUUAGUGCUAUGUGCAGCGUUUUUUCCUUUCCCCACAGAAGAGACAUUUACUUUAAAUGUUUAGCCGCAGCUUUUAAGCAGUUGAAAAUAUAAAACUAAAGCAACACACCCAAACUCACGCACACCCACACAUACACAUACAUUAAACUCUUCAGAUCUAUCUAUUUAUGAAUCUAUCUUUCUCUCUACUCGAACUAUAAACCUAAACUAACGCUAUCUAUUAUUGAGUAUAUACUAUUUAGAUACCAACAAAAAUUACCAAGAAUAAUGGCUUCCCAAUCAAUUACUUUACUUAA